AUGUCGUCAUCAUCCGCUCAAUCUAGAUUAUCGCAGGUUGCCAACAUCAUAAGCCCUACCAAGGCCCCCAACUCCCACCAAUCACUCACUCCUGACCACCCUUUCAAGAUUGCUGUUAUUGGAUCAGGAAACUGGGGUACCACCAUAGCUAAAGUUUUGGCUGAAAAUGCUCUUUCUAGACCUCACUUGUUUAGCCACUAUGUUAAAAUGUGGGUAUUUCAAGAACAAAUCGAUGGUAAGAACUUGACUGAUAUUAUAAAUAUCCAAAAUGUCAAUAUCAAAUACUUGCCAGGUGUCAAAUUACCUUCAAACUUGGUUGCUGAGCCCGAUUUAUUAAAGACGGUUGAAGGUGCCGAUUUGAUUGUGUUUAACUUGCCUCAUCAAUUCUUGCCUAAAAUCUUGAAACAAUUGAAAGGCAAUGUACCACCAACCGCUAGAGCCAUUUCCUGUUUGAAAGGAUUAGAAGUCAACAAGGAAGGUUGUAAAUUACUCAGUACCUACAUCACUGAAGAGUUGGGCAUUGUAUGUGGUGCUUUAUCAGGAGCCAACUUGGCCCCUGAAGUUGCUAGAGGUAAAUGGUCCGAAACCACUAUUGCCUACACUUUACCCAACGACUACCGUGGCCCUGGUAAGGACAUUGAUGAAUACGUCUUGAAGGCGGCUUUCCAUAGACCUUAUUUCCACGUCAAUGUUAUUGAAGACGUGGCUGGUGUUUCGGUUGCCGGUGCUUUGAAGAACGUGGUUGCUUUGGCUGUUGGAUUUGUUGAGGGUUUAGGAUGGGGUGAUAAUGCCAAAGCAGCCAUCAUGAGAGUUGGAUUAUUAGAAACCAUCAAGUUUUCAGAAAUGUUUUUCCCCGAAUCGAAAGCAUCUACAUUUACGGCUGAAUCAGCUGGUGUUGCUGAUUUAAUUACUACAUGCUCUGGUGGUAGAAAUGUUAAAGUUGGUAGAUACAUGGCCCAGACUGGUGCAUCGGCCGAAGCUGCUGAAAAGAAAUUGUUGAAUGGACAGAGUUCACAGGGUAUUGUAACUGCUAAAGAAGUGCAUGAGUUGUUGGUUAAUGUUGAUAAAUUGGAUGAUUUCCCUCUUUUUGAAGCUACUUAUCAAAUCAUUUAUGGAUCUGAAUCUAUUGAAAACUUGCCUCAUUUGUUGAAUUCCGAUUAA